UUUCCCCCUAGAACAAUCUUUGAGAAUCCAGAUGUAACAGUGAACAGAAAUAGUUGAAACGGAAAAAGUAAAUUCUACUUUCGACUGACAACCGGCGAGGAUUCUACAGUAAAGAGAGCAAAGUUAUGAAAUACGCGGCGAACUGUGGACUUUACUUUUAAAGACAUCGUAGCCACCUAUAAUCUAAACGUAUUGCUUCGGUGAAGAAGAAAAAGGGGGUCCUUCCUUUCGUUUUACACACGCUGAGGCCAAACCCUGGCCAAUAUGGAUUCAGACAGCAAGAAAGUGACGGGUCCCCUGGUGAUGGCGGUGGGUGUGGCUGUGAUUGGGUCCCUGCAGUUUGGAUACAACACAGGAGUUAUCAACGCACCCCAAUCGAUUAUUGAAGAAUUCAUGAAUGAGACCUGGUUCGACCGCUACAAUGAAAAGAUCUCCGAAAACUCCCUCACCACCCUGUGGUCCCUGUCCGUCGCCAUCUUCUCCAUCGGAGGCAUCUUCGGGUCUUUCUCCGUCGGGCUCUUUGUCAAUCGCUUUGGAAGGAAGUACUCCAUGCUCAUGGCCAACGUGCUGGCCUUCGUUGCUGCUGCUCUCAUGGGCUUCUCCAAAAUGGCCGCGUCUUGGGAGAUGCUGAUCAUCGGCCGCUUCAUCGUUGGACUCUACUCCGGCCUGUCCACCGGCUUUGUGCCCAUGUAUGUGGGCGAGAUCUCGCCCACCGCCCUUAGAGGAGCUAUGGGCACCCUUCACCAGCUGGGCGUCGUUCUCGGGAUCUUAUUUGCUCAGAUAUUGGGCAUGGAGUCCAUCAUGGGGAGCCCCACCCUCUGGCCGCUGCUCCUGGGGUUCACCUUUGUCCCGGCCUUGGUGCAGUGCGCUCUCCUGCCCUUCUGCCCCGAGAGCCCCCGCUUCCUGCUCAUCAUCCGCAACCAGGAGAGCCAGGCCAAGAGCGUGCUGAAGAAGCUGCGUGGGGUGGCGGACGUGAGCGCGGACAUGCAGGAGAUGAAGGAGGAGAGCAGGCAGAUGAUGCGUGAGAAGAAGGUCACCAUUCCGGAGCUCUUCCGCUCGCCGCUGUACCGCCAACCGCUCCUCAUCGCCGUCAUGCUGCAGCUGUCCCAGCAGCUGUCCGGCAUCAACGCCGUCUUCUACUACUCCACCAGAAUCUUUACGAAAGCAGGAGUGGCCCAGCCAGUCUAUGCCACCAUUGGAACUGGUGUGGUCAACACGGCCUUCACCGUGGUGUCUCUCUUCAUCGUAGAGCGUGCUGGCCGCAGGUCCCUCCACCUCAUUGGCUUGCUGGGAAUGGCGGGUUCGGCGGUGAUGAUGACCAUUGCUCUCGCCCUGCUGGAGAAGGUGAAAUGGAUGUCCUACGUCAGCAUCGUGGCCAUCUUCAGCUUCGUGGCCUUCUUCGAGAUCGGGCCGGGCCCCAUCCCCUGGUUCAUCGUGGCCGAGCUGUUCAGUCAGGGCCCGCGGCCCUCCGCCAUCGCCGUGGCCGGCUUCUCCAACUGGACCGCCAACUUCAUCGUGGGCAUGUGCUUCCCGCUUGUGGAGAAAUUAUGUGACGCCUACGUCUUCAUCAUCUUCAUCGUUCUCCUCCUCUGCUUCUUCAUCUUCACCUUCUUCAAAGUGCCAGAGACGAAGGGCCGAACAUUUGACGAGAUCUCCGCCGGGUUCCGCCAGUCACCCGUGGCGAAACUGCCGGAGGCGGAGAACCUGCGAGAAGACUCCCCGCUGUGAAGCCCUGCCCACUCACUGGCCUCGCCCAAUCAUAGG